CUCGGUUCCGUUCCGCCUCGUUCACAAGCUGUGGAUGGCGGCUGCCAUGUUAGCGAUUCUUUGCCGAUAAAACCUUCGAUUCUUUUCAGGAAACAGCUCUCUUGCAGAUCUACAACCUGCAGAGGCCUUUGCCGGCUACUAGACAUCCUGUUCGAGCUGUAUAUAAGAAAUACCGUGGAUUUUACGGUGGUUUCAGUCGAAGUGAACGCUCGUACCAAGUGGAACGAGCACUGCAAGUCUAGGGGGUGGUCACUCAAUACCCUCAUCACAACCAACUAUGCCGGCAGUCAAAGGCGAGGGAAUGCGAGGCCUAGCGGUCUUUAUAUCUGACAUUCGCAACUGCAAGUCCAAAGAAGCAGAGAUAAAGCGAAUCAACAAGGAAUUGGCGAAUAUUAGAAACAAAUUCAAAGGGGAUAAACAGCUCGAUGGAUACCAGAAAAAGAAAUAUGUCUGUAAACUUCUUUUCAUAUUUCUGCUUGGUCAUGAUAUUGAUUUCGGUCAUAUGGAAGCCGUAAACCUACUGUCUUCAAACAAAUACACCGAGAAGCAAAUAGGAUACCUGUUCAUCUCCGUGCUCGUCAGUGCUAAUAGUGAGCUGAUCAAGCUCAUUGUCCAGAGCAUCAAGAAUGACCUCUCUAGCCGCAAUGCCAUCUUUGUCUGCCUGGCACUUCAGUGUAUUGCUAACAUUGGCAACCAGGAGAUGGUUGACCAGCUUGGGUCAGAGGUCCCGAAGCUCCUGGUCUCCCCCGACACAAGUGACAGUGUCAAGCAAUGUGCAGCCCUCUGUGUCUUGAAGCUGUUUCGUUUGAAUGAAAACCUUCUGCCCCCGGGGGAGUGGACGUCCAGGAUUGUCCAGUUACUCAAUGACAAGCACCUGGGUGUUGUUACAUCUGCGACAAGCUUGAUCCAGGGACUUGUUCAGAAAUCACCAGAUGAGUACAAAGGGUGUAUUCAGCUGGCCGUUUCUCGUCUAAGCAGGAUUGUGACCUCCUCAUACACUGACCUGCAAGACUACACCUACUAUUUUGUGCCGGCGCCAUGGCUGUGCAUCAAGCUGAUCAAGCUGCUUCAGAUGUACCCUCCACCAGAUGAUCCUGCAAUUUCAGCAAGACUACAUGAGUGUCUUGAUACGAUUCUUAACAAGGCACAGGAACCUCCCAAAUCCAAGAAAGUUCAGCACUCGAAUGCCAGGAAUGCUGUACUUUUUGAAGCCAUCAACCUUAUUAUUCACAUGGACAGCGAUCAAAGCCUGUUAAUAAGAGGAUGCAAUCAGCUUGGCCAAUUCUUGACCCACCGUGAAACCAACCUGAGGUACCUGGCACUUGAAGGACUGUGUUUAAUGUCGAACAGUGAGUUCUCAGUUGAUGCCGUCAGAAAACAUCAGGAAACUGUCAUGGGCGCCCUCAAGACUGAAAGAGAUGUUAGUGUUCGUCAACGUGCUGUCGACCUGUUGUAUGCGAUGUGCGAUAAAAACAAUGCAGAAGAGAUAGUGUCCGAAAUGCUUGAGUACCUUGAGACAGCCGACUACUCCAUCAAAGAGGAGAUGGUGCUGAAGGUUGCUAUACUUUCUGAGAAAUAUGCGACAGACUACUCUUGGUAUGUGGACACCAUCCUAACCCUGAUCAGAAUUGCUGGAGAUUACGUCAGUGAAGAGGUCUGGUAUCGUGUGAUCCAAAUAGUCAUUAACAGGGAUGACAUCCAGGGAUAUGCUGCAAAAACUGUGUUUGAAGCUCUCCAGCACCCGGCCUGUCACGAGAACAUGGUCAAGGUUGGCGGUUACAUCCUUGGCGAGUUUGGUAACCUGAUCGCUGGUGAUCCUCGCUCAAGUCCUAUGGUACAGUUCCAGCUGUUGCACAGCAAGUUUCCCCUUUGUGCUUCCUCAACACGUGGUCUACUGCUCUCCACGUACAUCAAGUUUAUCAACUUAUUCCCUGAGAUCAAGCCAUAUAUCCAGGAGAUACUGAGAAGUGAUUCUAAUUUGAGGAACUCUGAUGCUGAGAUACAGCAGAGAGCCCUAGAGUACCUGAAACUCAGCACGGUAGCCUCCCCUGAUGUACUGGCCACAGUGUUGGAAGAAAUGCCGCCGUUCCCUGAGAGAGAGUCAUCUAUACUUGCCAAAUUGAAAAAGAAGAAACCAAAUGCUGUCAAGGAGAGGGAUGAAAAGCCAACUGACAGUAGUGAUAAACCUACCACUAAUGGCCAAGUAUCAAAUGCAGCCCCCCAGGUCAAGGUGAAUGCUCAGCCGACUCCAAGUCCUGCUAUGCAGGCAGAUUUGAUUGGUGGUAUUGGGUCCUCGGCCCCUACCCCUGCCGGAGGUGCAGGUCUUUUGGUGGACGUGUUUGAGACGCCUUCUCCUGUUAGCACUGGUGCCUUGACCAUGACUCAAGGUGCUGAGGAAAUGCUACAAAAGUUUGUCAUAAAGAAUACUGGCGUUUUGUAUGAAAGUGACAUUAUUCAAAUUGGUGUGAAGUCUGAAUUCAAAGAAGUUGAAGGUCGUGUUGGGCUGUUCUUUGGCAACAAAACCUCAUCACAAUUUGUUAACUUCACGGCAACGAUACAGAUGCCAGACGACUUGGGGGAACGUCUCAAGGCCGAGUCCAGCCAAGUCACGCCCGUUAUUGAAGGCGGGGCCCAAGUCCAGCAGCUUAUCACUGUGAAGUGUGUCAAGGAUUUCUAUCAAUGUCCAUUUAUAGUUAUUCAGUUUAGUGUUAAUGGUAUUUCUCAACAAUUCGUGCUCAAAGUGCCCAUCUUCCUAGCCAAGUUCUUUACAUCUGUAGAAAUGAAUUCUCAAGAUUUCUUCACGCGGUGGAAAGGACUGAGCAGUCCUCAGCAAGAAUGUCAGAAGAUAUUCCAAGCUAAAUACCCAAUGGAAAGUGGAACUAUCGCAACAAAGUUGUCUGGAUUCGGUCUCGCAAUACAAAAUGGCGUCGACCCGAACCCGGAGAACUUUGUUUGUGCGGGAAUUAUCAAGAUGAAGGUCGCAGGCCAAGUGGGCUGCUUGCUGCGCUUGGAGCCGAACAGACAGGCAAAGAUGUACCGACUGACGUUACGAUCGUCGAGGCCCGAGGUCGCCACGCAUCUGUGUGAGCUGCUUGCCGAAGUGUUCUAGUAUCGACCUAGCGUAUCAUGAAUAGCCUGAUGGGAAAUAUGAAUGCAAUGAGCCAAUCAGAAUCCAGAUCUGAAUUGAUUGGCAGCGAGCCCUGUUGCUUGUUGGGGUAGGGUGGGGUCACUCGUAUAGGUGGCAGUAAAAAUUAUCUUUUAUGCGCAUAUUUCAUUUUUGUUGUUGUUGUUGUUUUGUAUAACACCGUAGAUGGUUGUAUCGGGUGACAUGAACUACUUGAGUAGCAUGUCAGUCUCCGAUGAACUAUUCAAUGUUGGAGACAUAAUUAAGCCAAAUACCGCAACAGAACAUUCUCAGACUGUCUUAUUGCUGCGAUUGUUUAAAAAUGGCUUCAAAGAUAGCCCCGCUCAAUAGGUUUUAGUCAAAUCUUUUAUAACAUGCGACCUCUUGUUAGGCGAGAGAAGUGUAGCCGUAGCGCUUGUCGAGUACGUGUCAUUUACGCGCAUUGACCACCACUCACGUCUUUCGCAUUUGGCUCUCGCGUGUCGUAUCCGCGCGUGUCGUGUCCGCAUGGGUCGUGUCCACGACUCAUGCACAGGUCUCGCGCAACGAUCUCGCAAUUCAGAUUUGCGUUAGAGAUUUCAUUCUAAUUCUACUUAGUUUUAUUAUAAUAGAUGGUUUAUGACGCGUAUAGUGUACACAUCUUCUAUUUGUAGUGGUGAUAUUUUAGUCUAAAAGAAAGCAAAGUAUAGCUAAAAGAAGCAGACAAAUACCCUUGUAAAAUAUCGAAUGUUUUCCUACGAUAAAUGAGAAGUAGAUAAAAGACUCCAUGAA